AUGGAGGCAGCUAUAGUUUUAUACCCAUCACCACCAAUAGGCCACUUGGUCGCCAUGGUAGAGCUUGGCCAGUUCAUUCUCACUUGCCACCCUUCUCUCAGCAUCCACAUCCUCAUCACCACCCCGCCCUACAGAGCCGAUGACACCGCCAAAUAUAUUGCCUCCGUCUCCACCACCAACCCCUCCCUCAUCUUCCACCACCUCUCCACCGUCUCUCUCCCUCCCUCCCUCACUUCCUCCUCCAACCACGAAUCCCUAACCUUUGAGAUCCUCCGCCUUAACAACCCCAACGUGCGCCAAGCCCUCCUCUCCAUCUCCACCAACUUCUCCGUCCGUGCUUUUGUCCUGGACUUCUUCUGCGCUAUGGGGCUCUCUGUCGCUGCCGACCUCAACAUCCCCGGCUACUUCUUCUUCACCUCUGGCGCUGCCAGCCUCGCCUCCUUCCUCUACUUCCCCACUCUCCACAACACCACCGACAAGAGCUUCAAAGAUCUCAACGCCCUUUUCAGCAUCCCAGGAGUGCCGCCGGUGCCUUCCUCUGAUAUGGCAAAGCCAAUUCUUGAUCGCAACGACGUGGCGUAUCAAUGUUUCCUAGAGAACUCAAACCAAUUCCCCAAAUCAGCUGGGAUUAUCAUAAACACGUAUGAAUCUCUCGAGCCCAGAGCCAUCAGAGCAAUCUCCGAUGGGCUGUGCUUGCCUGAAAAUGUUCCCACUCCGCCAAUCUACUGCAUAGGACCGUUAAUUAUUGCUCACAAUAAAAAAGGUAGCGGCGGCGAUGAUGUGCCGGAGUGUUUGACUUGGCUUGAUUCACAACCAAGCGGAAGCGUGGUGUUCCUCUGUUUCGGAAGCUUGGGAUUGUUUUCAAAAAAGCAGUUGCAGGAGAUAGCCAUUGGGUUGGAGAGGAGCGGGCUGAGGUUUCUGUGGGUGGUCCGCAACCCGCCUGCUGAAAACAACACCGGCGUUGCCAUCACGGAGCAACCGGACCCGGAGUUGGAGUCUCUGCUUCCGGAUGGGUUCUUGGGUAGGACCAAGAACAGGGGGCUGGUGGUGAAGUCGUGGGCCCCACAAGUGGCGGUGUUGAAUCACGAGUCAGUAGGCGGGUUCGUGUGUCACUGCGGGUGGAACUCGGUGUUGGAGGCGGUAUGUGCUGGGGUGCCGAUUGUGGCUUGGCCGCUGUACGCGGAGCAGAGAUUCAAUAGGAUCGUUCUGGUGGAGGAGAUCAAGAUUGCUUUGACGAUGGACGAGUCAGAGGACGGGUUUGUGAGUUGUGAUGUGGUGGAGAAGCGAGUUAGAGAGUUGAUGGACUCGGAGGAAGGCGACUCAGUGAGGAAGCGGACCAAGGCUCUGCAGAGUGAAGCCCAUGCUGCACUGAGUGAGGGCGGGUCGUCUCGGGUCGCGUUAACGGAACUGUUUGAAAAAUGGAACCAAUUGGGCUAA